GAUUAUUAUGUCUGUGGCUCGACUUAAGAAAGAAAAAAUUGCGUCUUGUUUUCGCUAGCUGGUGGUGGAUUUCUGAAAUGGCGGUUGUUUCCGGUGGCGAUCGUCAGUUAUUGGCUACAGUUAACAUUGUGGCUUCUACUCUUUCUUUGAUUGGUUCAUCCUUCAUUGUUCUCUGUUACAUUCUCUUCAAAGAGCUUCGCAAAUUCUCCUUCAAGCUCGUCUUCUAUCUCGCUCUCGCUGACAUGCUUUGCAGCUUUUUCAAUAUUAUUGGAGAUCCAUCUACAGGUUUCUUUUGUUAUGCUCAGGGCUACAGUACUCAUUUCUUUUGCGUUGCAUCCUUUUUAUGGACAACCACUAUUGCUUUCACUCUUCACCGUACUGUUGUGCAACACAAGGCUGAUGUUGAAGAUUUAGAGCCUGUAUUCCACCUCUAUGUCUGGGGCACUUCAUUAGUCAUGACCAUUAUGCGUUCCAUCGGUAAUCAUCAUGGUCAUAUACGCGCAUGGUGUUGGUCUCAAACAGGGCGUGCAGGAAAGGUUGCUCAUUUUGUGACUUUUUAUGCUCCACUCUGGGGAGCUAUUCUUUACAAUGGUUUCACAUAUCUUCAAGUGAUUCGCAUGUUGAAGAAUGCAACUCGUAUGGCAGCUGGCAUUUCAGAACGGGCACACCAAUCUGAUGCUAGGCCAGACAUGAGGGUCUUGAACCGAUGGGGUUAUUAUCCUCUUAUUCUUAUUGGCUCAUGGGCUUUUGGCACAAUCAACCGUAUUCAUGAUCUUAUUGAACCAGGCCAUAAAAUAUUUUGGCUUUCUUUUCUUGAUGUUGGCACUGCUGCACUUAUGGGCCUUUUCAACUCUAUAGCAUAUGGUCUAAACUCCUCUGUGAGGCGGGCUAUCUGUGAGAGAUUGGAUAUAUACCAAAGUAGCUUGUCUGCAACUUAUGAAUAUGAUAAGAGCUAUCUGCCCCUCCUGUUAACUUCGUUUCUGGAAUACAAUUUCGGGAAUCAGAAUGCUUCCGAUAAAUUUGUGAAGAUUGUGGCCUGAGAGACUUAGAAGAUUUGAUAUUCCACUUCGGAGUUCAAAAUUGAGAGGGAGACAAGAAGAAAGUGAAAUGGUUCCUCUUAAAGUUCAAGAGCAGCAAUAGUAGAUUUGAUUCCUCUGGGCUCUUUUGUGCUCUCCUUUGAUGCGGAUUAUUUGAAGAAUGGCAUUCACAUUGACAUGUACAUUUCUAUGACGGAGAGUGAUGUAAUGAUUGAAGGCACAAAGGAAGGAACUUCAUCUUAUAACUCUAAUCAAAUGUGUAAUUACCAGCAGUAGGAACAGCGGUGCACCUGAUAUGGCCAAGAACAAAUUAGGAAUUAAAAAUGGCAAAGGAUACCUUCAAGGAUUGUAGACAUUUGAGAUUCUUUACAACUUGGAGUUUCUUAGGAUGUAACAGAUUCUUCUAGUCUUGGAAAAUUUGAAAUGGGUAAUUAUUUCAUUCAUUUUGGUGUAUUGAUUUACAUGUGGGGGCUAUUAGGAUCAGGAUGUAUUUUCUUUUUAUUUUUGAUCUUAAUUUUGGGUAAAUAGAUUAGGAUUAACUUUGUUUUGGUGUAUGAACUGUUUGCAGUUAUGAGUAACCAAAAUGGUUAAGGUUUGAAAUGGUGAUGCUGAUAAUUUAUAUUUUCUACUGUUGGUGAAGCCAAGCCUCACCAAUUGAAGUUGCAUUGUAGAACGCAUGUAGUCGCAAGGAAACGCUCUUGUGGAAAAGCACGCAUCAUUCUACACGGCAGAUUCUUGUGUGUUGUGUUGUUUGCUACAACAUGUUUGACAUUUGGCCUAAAGCAAUCUCAGCACUAGCUUUGUGUGUUUUGUGCACACAUGUUUAGGUCAAUAUAGGAUUAGAUGACGAGCCAACAAGUCAAGUAUCAGAAUUUUGGGUACCUGUAUUUUAGGGUAUCUAAUGACCUGACCUUCAGAGUUAGGAUGCGAGCUAACUUUUCAACUACAUGAAAUUUACCUAAAAAUGCCGAUAAUUGAUUAUGAAUUCCCCACGUGGAGAUAUACAUAUCUUCUCACCAAUUGCGAAUUUUAGAAAAAUUUGAGCGAAAAAAUUAAAAAAAUUAAGCAAAUAAGCGAAAUUCUAAACUUUUCCCAAAAGUAA